AUGUGUGCCCGCUUCGCCAUCGGGCUGGCCGAAGCUGGGUUCUUCCCGGCGGUUUUCUACCACAUGGCGUUCUGGUACAAACCAAGCGAGCUACCACAGCGUAUCGCCAUUUUCUACUCUGUCGGCCAGCUGUCGAGUGCACUCUCGGGGCUUUUGGCUUAUGCUAUUGGGUUUAUGGAUGGAUUGGGCCAUCUUGCUGGCUGGCGAUGGCUAUUCCUGCUAGAAGGCCUCCCAGCGAUCAUCCUGGCCUUCGUUGCCCUAUUCGGGCUGCCCGACUACCCCGAGACAUGCCACAUGCUCAGCGACGAGGAACGCGACGUCCUCAUCGGCCGACUUGACAAAGCGGCGCCCACAGGCAAGAGUGGGAACUGGGACUCCAAGUCUGUCAAGAAGCUCUUCAAAGACCCGACAUUUUACACCUUUACCAUCUACUGGAUCUGCCAUGGGAUCGGGGGUUUUGGGGUCGGAUAUGCCCUGCCGACGGUCAUCUACCAGUUGGGUUUCAUGACGACGUCGAAUUCUCAGCUGAUGAAUAUUCCUCCAUACGUCACGGGCUUCGUGUUCUUGAAUACAGUGGGAUACUUCCUACACAACGCGUCAUCCAGCCAUGGACGACAGCCGUUGCAAGUGAUUGAAUCCACCAUCAUAGUCUGCUACAUCGUCCUUUUCACCGUCUCCAACGCCGUGGUCAAGUACAUAUGCCUGAUUGUGGCCGUCGCUUGCACAGGGUCAGCCUACCCCGUCAUUUGGCCAGAGCGUAUGCGCGCGUUGGAUGGUAUGGUGGCCUCUGGGAUCGGCAUCGGCUGGACGAACGCGAUGGCCCAAUUCGGGGGCAUUGUCGGGCCUCACGUUUAUAAUACGGUGUUUGGGCCCUCUUACCGCGUGUCUUAUGAGAUUUGUCUGGCUUUCCUUGUGGUCGGGAUCAGUGCGAUCCUGACCUCUUGGGCACUGGUGAGGAGGAAGGACAGGGCUUUCCCGAGCCGCUACCAAGGUCCGAGAAUGGCGUCACAUCCUGUCACUGCGGAAACCGAGGGCACGCUUUGCAGGGAGUAA